AUGGUUCACGAUGGCGCCGUGAAGGACCAGCAGCAGCACCAGCGGGAGGAGAGGUCGCCGGAUACCCCCGCGCCCUCUGCAUCUGCGGUGACGGACGCGUCCGCGGCGGCGGCGGUGGUAGCGGAGGCGGGGGCGGCGAGAGCGGGGGAGGGGGAGGCGGCAGUAGGGGCGGGGCCGUCCAAGCCCGGGAGCGACAAGCGGCUGGGCGUGCGGCACCCGGUCAAGUACCGCCGGUUCCGGGCCAAGGGGAAGGCGAUGGCGGAGCCCGGGGCCACCCCCGCGCACCAGCCGCUGGAGGAGGAGCUGGAGCUGGAGUUGGAGGAGGGCGAGGGGGAGGUCGAGGAGGAGGCCUCCUCGCCCGAGCGGGAGGUGCGGGCCGGCGUCGUGGAGGUGGAGGUCGAGGUGGAGAUGGAGGUGGAGGUGUCCUCCGCAGCAGCGGCAGCAGCAGUAGGGAUGGAGGUGGAGGAGGGGGCCGGCAUGGACGUGUCGCCGGCUGCGGCCGUGGCCAUGGUGGACUCGGAGCACUCGUCCGAGGAGGAGGAGGAGGAGGUGUCGUCGUCGCCGGUGCUGGCGCUGCCGGAGCAGGCGAGGAGGAAGCAAGGGCAUGCUGUGGCCGCUGCCGUGCCCGCCCUGGUCGUGCCCAAGGACCAGGACCUGGAGAAGGAGAAGAAGGAGAAGGAGAGGCAGAGGGAGAGGGACAGGGUCGACGAGGUCGGCUACAUGAGCGGCGGCUGCAAGAGUGAUGAUGGAAGUUUGAGUUGUGGAUAUUCAAGUUUUAGAGGAAAAAGGGCAACCAUGGAAGACUUCUUUGACAUAAAAUCAUCUAAAAUUGAUGAUAAACAAAUAAAUCUCUUUGGAAUAUUUGAUGGUCAUGGGGGUUCACGUGCUGCUGAGUAUUUGAAGGAGCACUUGUUUGAGAACCUCAUGAAACACCCACAAUUCAUGUCAGAUACAAAAUUAGCAAUAAGUGAAACAUAUAAAAAAACUGAUUCAGAUUUCUUGGAUUCUGAAAUCAACACUCACAGAGAUGAUGGGUCAACUGCAUCGACAGCAGUUCUGCUUGGAAAUCAUCUUUACGUGGCUAACGUAGGUGACUCUCGGGCUGUAAUAUCAAAGUCGGGCAAAGCUAUUGCACUCUCUGAUGAUCACAAGCCAAACAGAAGUGAUGAGAGGAAACGAAUUGAGAGUGCUGGUGGGAUUGUUAUGUGGGCUGGAACUUGGAGGGUUGGUGGUGUACUUGCAAUGUCUCGGGCAUUUGGCAACCGCUUGUUGAAGCAAUUUGUUGUCGCGGAACCAGAGAUUCAGGAUCAAGAAAUAGAUGAUGAAAUGGAGUUUCUGAUUUUGGCUAGUGAUGGGCUGUGGGAUGUGGUUCCAAAUGAGGACGCCGUCUCGCUCGUGAAGAUGGAGGAGGACCCCGAGGCGGCGGCCAGGAAGCUGACGGAGACCGCGUUCGGCCGUGGGAGCGGCGACAACAUCACCUGCGUCGUCGUCAAGUUCCAGCACAGCAAGUGGGACAUUGGCGAGAAUAUAUCUAGCUAG